GUCAUGGCUUGCUUACCCAAGGACGAAACAUGGCGGCGGCGACUAAGAAGGUUUUCGAAGCCUUCGUGUCUAAAAUACCAUGGACUGUAGCUACUAAGGAGAUGAGGGAGUAUUUCAGUCAGUUUGGCUCAGUGAAGAAGUGUCGUUUACCGUUUGAUAAAGAAACAGGUUUCCACAGAGGCUUUUGCUGGGUUUACUUUGCAACAGAGGAAGGGUUGAAUAAUGCCCUUCAGAAAGACCCUCAUAUGCUGGAGGGAGCAAAGCUCCACGUGCAGAGGAACAGGCCUCCAUUUUCAGAGCAGAAGACAGACAAAGAGAGUGAAUAUGAAUGAACUAGUGUGGUUCUGUUGUGUCCAUGAGACAGAGAUGAACUGAUGUAAAGACUAUUCUUUUUUGAAAUGCCUAAUAGUGCUGUAUUUCAUGUAACCAUUCUGUCACCAACAAUACAUAGUAGAUGGAUGCUCACAUGUAAGAUUUAUGACACAUCAUUCCCUGAUUUACAGUAUAAGACAAUAAAUGCAGUAUUUCAUUCA